AUGAUACAGGAUAUUCUCUCAGGCAUGCAUGUUUACAAGAUACGGCGGUUGCACCUUGACUACCUAAUGCAUCACCCAAGACAACAAAACAAAUUAUCAGACCAACCUAACGAGCUGCGCCACAUGUCAAGAACUUGGCUACUACUCAUAUGCGGCAUUCUUUUGUGCCCCAUCUCGAGUUGCUCCAUGCUCAGCAACGUCGCCACCGUAGCUCACGACGACCGCCCACAGAACCUGCCACCAAACGAUCAGCCGCUCCACGGCGAGAUACCCGCGCUGUCCAGCCUGGCCCAAAACCCAGAUGGCCUCCGCUGGCUGCUUGCCGCUGCCGAGGCCGCUUUACGCGACAGUAGCAGUUGCCGCGGCGAUGGCGACACGCUCUGCAAGCAAGGCGAGGCCGUCGUUACGCAACUCCGACAGAUGGCCGACACCCUGUUACCGCAGAAGCAGCAGCAGGGCCAGGACUCCUCCGCGGCACAGCCGGUGUCGGGACAGGACGACGGUGACCCUUUGCUUGUCGGCUUUCUCCGCGGCCCUGAUCAUGGGGAGGGGCAGGACCUGCGCCGAGUCCUCAACGGAAAUGGAGGCGGGAGCGCUGAGCAUGCGGGGAAUGCUAGCAGCGGCAGAAGGCCGCGCCGCAGUCAGAGCCGCGGCCGACCGCGCAGCAGCAGCGGCGGCGCCGGUAACGGCAGUGCAGCUGUAGAUGUGGAUCUAGACGCACUGCUCUCUGACGAGGCGGAUAUUGAGCGGGACGCCGCCUUUGCGGCCCAACAAUGGCAGCUGUGGCUGGAUGCCCAGGACGACUGGGUUGCGGAUGACCCGACAUCACCGCCGCAGUCGCCCCCACAGCCGCAACAGCAGCAGCAGCAGGCGGGUAGAUCUCCCCAAGCUUUAAACCCCGACAGAGGGGCCGAUGGAGAGGGCCAGGACCGCGGCGGCGCUGUUGUGGAUAGCAGCGGUAAGCGGCAGCUGGUGGAAACCACGGCUGGGGCGGACGAGCUGUGGGACACGAGGGGUGACGGGGGCUUGGGUGUGACUUCCGGCACCUUGCCAGGCGGGGCCGGGGCCUCUGCACCGCUCCCGUCCGAAGAGAUCAAGGAGGGCACCAGCCACGGCGGCGACGGCAGCCUGCUGGCGAAGGGGUCGCGGCGGCCCCUGAAGCACUCGCCGCUUCACAGACAGCACCGCCAGCAGUCCCCACCUCCCUCGCCGUCGCCGCCGUCACCUCGUCCGCCCCCGUCGCCGUCGCCCCCCUUGCCGUCGCCGCCGUCACCUCGGCCGUCCUCACCCUCGCCGUUACCACCGCCUCAGCGCGCUCCGUCUCCCUCCUCGCCUUCCCCACGGCCGCCGCCACCGUCCCCGUCACCACCGCCGCAACGGCAACCCCCCUUCCCACGCCCGAGCCCCCCUCUGCCUCUCCAACGGCCCCCGCCCUCUUCAAAACGCUCGCCUCCCAAGGCUAUCACUGCCCCGCCUCCACCACCUCCCCCUCCCCCACCGCCUCCGGACUUCGUCGGCUACCUACCCGAUUUCCCCAACUCCCCCACCGCACCCCUCGCGCCGCCGCCCUUUACCGGUCGCCGGUCGCCGUCCCCGCUGCCACCUCCUCCCAGUCCGCCACUGCCGCCGUCGCCGCCAGUCCAGUUCACCCCCAGCGAAGAAGGUCCCCUGGACCAGGUUGGGGUGUACUACUUGGUGGGUAUUUCUUUCGCAGUUGCCGUACAUCUCGUCCAUAUUCCCGGCACCACUCGCUAUCUGUUCAUGGAGCGCCCUAGCGGCAAGCACCCCGACAAGAAAACCUUCAUCGCUGGAUAUUACGACAUCGCCACCAACAAGUACACCAACGUGCCCAACACAGAUUCCCUGUUUUGCAACGGCGCGACGAUCAUGGCCAAUGGCAACAUUGCUGUGGUGGGCGGCCAUAUUGCCAAAUCAGGCUACCUGGACGGACUCCGGAGCUUGCGUAUCUAUGACAGGCAGGAGGGCACCUUGCUUACGGUGGCCUCCAUGCGCUACCCCCGCUGGUACCCCUCAGCCAACCUGCUGCCAGACGGCCGCAUCCUGAUCAUGGGCGGCACACAGUCCCCGGGCUCCGGAACCAAGAACAACCCCGUGUGUGAGGUAUGGGACCCGCAGAACGCCCCCCUGGCGCCCACCGUGCAGUGGAAGCUGCCGGACACAUUCGUGGCGAAGGCGGGCGACAUCUUUUACCCCAACAACUACAUCCUGCCCACCGGUGACAUGUUUGUGUAUUGCGACACGGCGGGCCUCGUACUGAAUCCGUACGACGGUACCGUAAUCACGAGCAUACCCUCUCACACCGCCGUCGCCAAGACGGUUCGGCUGGAGUACCCGUUUAGCAGCUGCAGUGUCAUGCUGCCGCUCACGCCACAGAACAAUUACACGGCUGAGUUUGUGUUUUUCGGCGGCCAGUUUGGGUACGGAUGGACCAACACGCCCGCGGUGGAUCUGGCGUUACGACUGCAGGUAAACUACGACUCCACCGUCCGCAACUACACUUUUGGCGCCUGGCAGCUGGAAAAGAUGAAUGCGCGGCGUGUCAUGGGCGAUGCCGUGCUGCUGCCCAACGGCUGUGUGGUGGUGCUCAACGGGGCUCAGAACGGCGUGGCCGGGGACUCGGCCACCGGCGGCUCCUCCAAGGCGCACUUCCCGCAAUUUAAUCCCGUACUGUACGACCCGUACGCGCCCAACGGCACACGCUUCACACGCCUGGCGCACUCCCAAAUCCCCCGGAUGUACCACUCCACGGCGGCGCUGACGCCGGACGGUACGAUCAUUGUCGCGGGCUGCGACCGUUGCGAUUAUUUCAACGUCACGGUGCCGUACAGCCCGUCGCCCUGGGGCCUCCCGGAGUAUCGCGUGGAGAUCUUCUACCCGCCAUUCUACUUUUGGCCGACACGGCCCGUGCUCCUGUCCGCGCCGGCCGCGAUUACAUACAAGCAGGCGUUUAAUGCGGUGUACGACACGACGGCCGCGAAGGUGGAUAUUGACGGUGCGGUACUGAUGGCGCCGUCGAGUACGACACAUUCUACGAAUUUCAACCAGCGUGCUGUGGGCCUGGCGAUUGUUGGUGACAAUGGGCGGGGCACUCUGAGGUUGCGGGGACCGCCCUCGAAGUAUGUGGCACCGCCGGGGCAUUACAUGCUAUUUUUGUUGUCGGGGCAGGCCUACUCGUCCGCUGUGUGGCUGCAGGUUACCUCGUCGCUUGUGGUAGCUUGA